CAUAGUAAAGGAGGUAUUCCCUCACUCCGAACGGUGACUCAUAGAGAGAUUCUCCUGAAAUUCCAAGGACGGUGCCACCCAACCGCUAGUUGUGAGCAGACAGUGCCAGACGAAGACAGACUUUGGUUUUACACGCCAGCGCGCGCCUCACACAAGGGAGCACACUCAGCGACAGCAACUGUAGAAUGUUUCCCAGCCAGGAGACUUCGUACGCCGAGUCGAAAUACGUGGCAGACAUCUUAUCCAGCAUGUCCAGCGGAGGCGAGCCGAUCACUCCCUCGCAGUACCCUAUGCCCAACUUCUUGACAUCAAUGAGUUCGGGUACAGGAACAACCCCAACACUCACUCCAACUAGCCUUGCCAACCUGGAGCAAACAUUCAUUGAACUUCAAUCUGUGCCAGUUGGAGGGUCUGCGGGACCAGGAGGUUGUGAACCGCACACUCAGAGUGGUUUUGUGCCACCGGUCAUAGAUCCCUCAAGUCGUGAGCAAUCACAGGAUUCUUUUGAGUCGGAUCCUGAGUGGGAACCUGUGAUUAAACGAGGGAGGUCCGACAGUGGAAUUCUUGGCUCCUUGGGCAGUAAUGGGAGCCAGUCCUCAGCUCCACAGAGAAAGUACACGCGCAGAAACCGCAAUGAAAAGUUGUCCCCGGAAGAAGAAGAAAGGCGACGAGUGAGACGAGAGAGAAACAAGCUGGCAGCAGCCAAGUGUCGCCAGCGGAGGGUGGACCACACCAACAUGCUUGUCGAGGAAACGGAAAAGCUGGAGGCCGAGCGCAGCGACCUGGAACACGAGAUUCAGGUGCUGCAGCAGCAGAAGGACCAGCUGGAGUUCCUCCUACAAGCGCACGUGCCCAUCUGCAAGGUUGACCCCAACGCCGGUGUGUUCAAGAUCAAGCGCGAGCCGCCGGACAGCAGCAACAACGCCCCCGUGACUACCUCGUCCUCCUCCGUCCCGUCCGUCUGCAGCUCCCGCCCCACCAGCCUCCCCUUGGACCGGCCGCGGAAUGGAGAACUGCCGGUUGUGGUCUCCUGCGCCACCGGGGUGCCCAUAUCCACCCCGUCCUCCGGACUGUUCACUUACUCCAGUCUUGACAGCUUGGUGGACGGCUCCACGGGCCUGACCCCGCUGACCUCCGGACCCCGGCGUUCGUGCGCUAGCCAGGUGCACCGCAGCGAAAGUGAGAGCGGCACGGAGGCCGUGGGGUCGCCGACACUCAUCUCCCUCUGACUGUGCUCGCCAGGACCGCACGGUGCAUGAAGAACACACUGGAAACGAUGUCCGUUAAAUAUUGUGACAACAGUGACUUACAUUCGAUAAGAUCAGAAAUGCGUCCCUCGCUGGACAUGAAGCAGCACUCGUUUCCUCACUGGUCAAGUCAACAGCAAGACCUUUCCUUCAAGCUGACAUGCACGUGCGCCCUACACGACCCUCGCCAUAUCUAGAUCAGCCUCGCCAGAUACACUAAGCAAGCCAGAUAGGAGGUUUCUCAUAAUUUGUUUUGCUUGCUUGUGUCUUGGUUGCCUAACGCACGAAUUUUUGUAAAGUCUUGGGGGUGGGGGAGACAGAGAGCCUUCCAGAACUGUGUUGUCAUGAACACCGAUUCGCAUUUGAUAAUCAGACUCUGAGACUGACAAUAACGACUGUGCCAUGUUCUGCUGCUUCUUCCUGAGGACACACAAACAAUGGCACAUCCAGGCCUUUUGUUUAUGCAAGCGACGAGACAACAAGUGGAUCAUAGACUCAUUCAUGUUUCAACUACAAUAUUUUUUUUCUCCAAGCGCCCUUCACACAACACUUUGUAUUUUGCUCCUGUGACACCCAGGAACCAAUCGUAAAUUAAUCGAAAUAAUGGCCGUGUCUAUUCAUUAAAACUGAAUUUAAAUUCGUCGGUCUUUUGAUAUAAAUAUUUGGUAAACAUUGUAAAUUAUUGUAAAUUAGUGUUAAAACUACUGUGGUUAAAGAAAAAUAACAACAACAGUAGCACGUAUUCCGGCUAAGAUUUGACCGGAUAAGAAAAUAAAAAUAACAGCAAAACAGCCGAGAGCAAAAUUUGUUUUUUGAAAGUGGAUAUGGUCACUGAAAGAUUGGUAAACAAGUAGAUUAGAGACCUAUAUACCUUUGGUGGGAUGCUCGCAGCUUUGACAGCUGUUCAUGAGUGCGCAGGUGUCUUCAGUGCACACCUGACUGAUUCCCUUGACGACCGGUGACUGAUAAAGGUAAAUCCGAGUGACAUCCAGACUUCAGUCGGGAGUUAACGGCCGUUGUUAUUGGGCACAAAUAAUUUUUUUUUAAUUUAAUUAAAAGGGUAGGGGUCAAAGGAGAAUAAAAUUGUCUCUAAACCCCGUAACAACACUAAUCAGGCGUGGAGCUAAUUUAUGCAUGUGUGGAUGCCCUCCUCUAAAUUUCAUUGGCUGCCUAAGGCGAACCGUCUUUCUCCAACUGUGUUAACAGCAAUUUUACAUCGGUAUUGGUGGAAAUACACCGGCGCCAUGUCUGCAAAACUGAGAACAUUUUUGUAAAACAUCCAACAAUAUAUUUGAAAGAAUGGUCUAACGGGAUCGCAUGUUAACUGCCUUGUAUCCGAACCACUGCUUCCAAGCGAGCAGAAGUUUACAAACUCUUUGGAAUACUUUCAUCUACAUUUUUGUACCAUUUUCUGCAUUGCUAUUUAUUAUACAUUUUUAUUACAAAAAUACUGCUUCCAAAUUUUCUUCAUAAUAAAACGUGAAAGGAAUUGUGGCUUUGUUCUUUCUGACUGUACUUCUUCCUGAACUAUUUAUAUUGCAAUAGCUGAUGAUGAUGCACACGGUUUUGUAUACGAAUUUUCGAAAUGCUGCUAUAGAAAUCUUGUCAAUGUUAUGUGUUUUGUGGUCUUCAUGUUAUAUCCACAUACUGGAUAGCUGUAUGUCUGCCGGCAGUUGCCUAAAAGGAGUAAUAGCUAUUUUUUAUUUCCACUGAUAAGUUAAACAUUUUCAAGUAUAUUUCAUAUACUUUCAUAUCUAUGCGUUUUUAUAUUAAACACUGUAUUUAAAAGGGGAGAGAUAUAUUUUUUCUGUGACCUGACCUCUGAUUUUCUUUAAAGCAUAAAGUGACUACAAAACGGGAUUAGGCUCGAAACAAUCCCUGUCCCCCAUCCAGCUGCUGAAAUUUUUUCGACUUGUUGUCAAGCUCUGCCAUUUUGUACCAGCUUGUGCUUGUUGAGGGAAUCACAUUGGCAUUCAGAGUCUGAAUGCAUGGAUUAGAAAUAACCCUGCGGUACCCUUAUGCUUUGCACCUCCGUUCUACCAUGUGUGAAUGGGAUAUUCUGAGAAUCCUGCCUUCCAGUAUUCUGGCAAAUUGCUGACAACAUUUGCAAUACAGUGAAGUUAACCGCUGUUGUUAUGCUGAUGUUUCAUGGAGAUUUUUUACAAAAAUAGUUAACAAAAUAUCUUCCGCAUAAAAAAAAUGGUUUACACAAUUACAAGAGGCUGGAGAAUACCGCGUGAAGGAUACAAUCUUUGCCUACAAGUAUUGCAGUUUAAAGACCGCAAAUAGUAACUUAUUGGUGACGUAGUGCUGUAUAAUUAUUUUAAUGAGCAAAUGGUCAGCAUAACUGUUUACAAAGUAUUUGAUAUGCUCAUGGAUGUUAACUGAAACAAAAUGACAUUUUGGCUUUGUGUGCUUGCGCAUUUACCUUUUUAUGCUUAUUGUCCUCAAACAUUUUCUUAUCUCUUUUUUACGAACUGCACCAUGAAGAGCCUUAUCAGUCCAGGUACUACCCGAGACAUUGAAAAAGCCUUUGACGUUUCUCUGUCCAACAAAUACUAUUUUUACAGAACGUAUACCUGAGCGCAAUGUACGAGAAUGUUGACACUUUACCGUCACGUGGUCUGAAGAGAAAUCAAGAGCUGAACCAGGCGAACCACUUUGAUGCAUUUAUUUUUUACUGAAGUCACUGCCGACUCUGAAACUUGACAACAGAGCUAGUAAGACAUACAUGCCUGUAUAUUGUGCGCGCGCAGCCUGCGUGCUGUUACGAAAAUGUAUCUAUGUGUCGUUGUUUGCAUUGUGUUGGUUCCAUCACGGUAUCCAUGCUACUGACGAAGGAGUAUUAUGGGGUGUAUUUCUGUUUUUUUGGUCAGUGAUGAGGGUAUGCGAUGUUGAUGACUGUACUCUCAUGAUUCACUUUGCGAUGAUAAUUGUGUGCGCCAUCUCUGCAAUACUCAGGAAGACAACUGAGAAAGCAUAUCCGUCUGUUAGUAUUUUUCGCCAUUCCUAGGAAAUGUUUUUGCAUGAAUAAAUUAUGGAAAUGUUCACAGAUGUUCACUAAACGCCCUAUGCUUUAUUUAUUUAUAUGUUGAAAGACAAGUACAGGAAAGAAGUAGGUACAGUAGGUCAGGUGCAAUAGAAUGGUGAAGUUCGAUUAGGUAUCCACCAAUGUAAAUAGGUGUAUUUUAAAUAAAUAUGAGAGGAAAUUUGCUAGAAAAUAUCUAAAAUAAAAUUAAAAGUGCAUCAUUGCUGCAGAAAAAAAUUGGUUAAUCUUCAUGCAAUGAGAAUUGCAUUUUACGCUCGAGGUUGUGCUGGUGGACUGGCAAAAGUUUCAGAUCAUGUGACAUGAAUUACGGUAUUCUUCUGUAAUACAAUUAAUUAUUGGAUAAGAUGUCGAUCUGGUUUGUUUCUGAGUUUAAAAGGGCAUUCCAUUGCAGUCCAAAAGGUUCCACCCCAUAUCACCCUCGCUGCGUUCAUUCAGGUUCUGUCAGAUGAUCAUCAAGAGCAUCUGGAUUCUUGGCAAUAAUGUUAGGGUCAGUAUUGACAGUUAUGUGGGGUGGAAUAUGUGUAACAGAUCUGAUGAAAGUGAACAUUGUAUUGUAAGUGUUCAUACUUUUGUGUUGUUUGUUUGCUAUUUUCCAUUAUCUUUGCACUUAGGGGGAACUGCUGUGAAUAAUCUUUACGACGAAAGCGCUUACUACGAUGGGCUCGUGCAACUGACUGGGGAACAAUAAAUACUCAGUUCUGCUUGUAUAUAUAUAUAUCUGUAUCGUUAUAUGUUAUACAUUAUGUAUAGAAACACAGUUAUUAAUUCUAAUUUUGUAGACCUUUUGUUUGUUUGGUUACAUGUCUGGGUGUUAGGUGAACUUUCUGACACAGAACUGAUAUUUUUUUUAAUUUUAACUUUUUUGGGUGGUUGGGAGGGAAGAUUGAUGACCUGCAGAUAAUGCAAUAAUGGCAGUGACAUGUGUUGGCCUGUAGUCAGUCAUGUUUGCUGGUAAAAGUUCUCGAAUCUUUUGUUGUAAACCGUGUAGUUAUCGGUUUCUGUUAAUAUCCGUACGACAACUUGUUCUGCUGUUUGUCUGUCUGUUGUCAACCGCACACUGCCAUCUUAUCUCAGAAGCUUUCCUCGUUGACUUUUCACAGGCUUAUCUGCGAGAAAUGGCUUUUGUUGACCAUACACUUGCCUAGAAAUGUAAGCCCCAGGGGGCUGGUUGCAUAAAUGUGUUUCUAAAAGUACAAACUGUUCUUGAGCAGUAAUUUAGAAACAUUUUCUUUUAAAAGUCUCUCCUGAACCAUUUAAAUGCAUUGCAUAAGUGCUUUCAAUAAAUAUGCUAAAUAGACCGAAAUUCCGAAAAGCGGUUUUAUUCAAAUAAUAAAAAAAAAAAAAAAGAUUGUGUUUCUAUGAAAGUGACUACCUAACUGUAUUGAAUCCUAAAUUUAGAAAUGUGUUGUGCAACUGGUCUCUGGGGUUAAACUGCAAGAGAAAGACUUGUCUUUAGCAGCCAGAGGCACAACCAAGAGUUUAUGAGUAGUAUACUAGUCUCUUCACUCUUUGCACAAUCCACCCACACUCCACCCGUCUGUCUGAACGUUCACAGCUACCCGUAUUUUUAUUUUAUUUACUUAUUUAUUUUUUUUACAGUAGCUCGUACAACAGAUUUGAAAGCAGGUUGUAGCUUAAACGGUCAAGUCCUAAGCUGUUUUAGUUCUGGUACCAUCUAUUUUAAUGUUUCAAAUGCAGAAAUGAAGUCUGCUAGAAACUAAUUUCUGGCUCGAAUGUCUGUGUGUCUGUGUUCUGACUAGUGUGUUAUUCAUGUGUAGCUGGAAUGUCAUUGAAAUGUGUUGAUGAUUCUUGCCUUCACUGGUGCUCUUGAGUCGGAGUAGGACACUCUACAUCUUCCACUGUAUAUUUCAGCUUUUGAAGUAUAUUUUUACAAUAGUCAUAAUUUGCUGGUUUACUGAAACAAGCGUUGCUGUUGUUAUCAUCAUUUUCAUUUUUUGUAUCUGAUGCUCAUCACAAUAAAUAUUCACGCAGCUUA